GUCACCUACCUAAGUUCUCGGAUGCAGCCUUUAGUGUACAAAGGGGACUUUUAUUUUGCACUGGCGAUGUGACGUCAUAAAGAAGCGCUGCGCGCCUGCAUCUAUUGUGAUUCGGCUGAAGAAAGGAUAAAGUGUCCAAGCACACAGAAUAAUUGCUGAAGUUGCUGAGAUCCACAUGACACUUCUAUAAAGAUGGCUUUAAUUAAAGUUGAGAGUGAAGACAUGAAGAUUGAAGAGAUAUUCAGUCUCAAUCAUGAAGAUACUGAGGAACAAACACAGAUGGAGUUUAUUAAAGAGGAAAGUGAAGACAUGAAGGUUGGAGUAUUCACUCUGAAACAUGAAGAUACUGAGGAACAAACAGACCUAAUGGCACCGAAAGAGGAGAGGGAAGUAUUGAAUGAAAAUGAAGAGAAAGAUCAGAAUGAUAAUCUUCAUGAUUUCACAAUUGAAGAAAGAUCUUCUUUCUUACAGUCUGAAAUGACUUCCACACGAAAAGGAGCUCAAGAGACAGGAACUAAGGGUAACUUCACUUGCUUUCAGUGUGGAAAGACUUUUAGUCAUAAAGGAAAAUUUAACAGGCAUUUGACAGUUCACUCUGGAAAGAAGCCUUUCAAAUGUAAUGAGUGCGGGAAAAGUUUCAGUGAAAAAGGAAACCUUAAAACGCACAUGAGAAUUCACGACAGAGAGAAACCCUUCAUCUGCAAACAGUGUGGAAGACGUUUUAAAAAAAAAGGAACCCUUGAUUACCACAUUCUAGUUCACACUGGAAAGAAGCCCUUCAUCUGCCCUCUGUGUAGAACAUUUUUCAAGCGUGAACGAAACCUUAAAUCUCACAUGAAAGUUCACACUGAAGAGAAGCUUUACAAAUGCCCACAGUGUGAAAAGAGUUUCAAGCUAAAACGAUACCUUGAAGCCCACGUGAGAAGAAUUCACACUGGAGAGAUGCUUUAACUGUGAAGGUAACCUUCAGUACCACAUGAAGAUUUACUCCAGAGGGACCUGUUUGAAUGUCAUCAGUGUGGAAUGAGUUUAACAGACAAGAAAACCCUAGGAAUCAUUCUGUGACAUCGUAGAGAGAAGCAUGUCAUGUGCCAUCACUGUGGAAAGACUUCCAGAAACAAAGCAAGUCUUGAGUUUCACAUAAGCUGGAUAAUUGCAUACCAUCUUCUGUAGAGCUGCUUUACAGCCGAAUCGUGUAACAUUGACAGUGGUACCUAACUCAUUUCAGUCAAAACUAAACUGGUUCUAAUUGAAUAACUUGAUUGCCGUUUACAGCUGAAUUUAUGUAAUUUCAAACUGAUGAACUUCACUGUUGUUUUGUUAUUUUCCUUGAUUAUUUUCCUGUAUCUCUUUAAGUGCUUUGACAGUCUGCAUUAUAAAGACCAUUAUUCAAAUAAAGCUGACUUGACACCAAAGCUCCAGUAUGCGAUUUGACCACAAGAGGGCGCAUUUCCAACAACAACAAAGGCGAAGCUUGAUGACACUAUGAAGCAGGUGACGAUGGGAGAUGUCUUUUUUUAAUCCGUUUUCACCAUAGCAAUGUAUCUAAAUUGGAUAAACGAAUCAUGAUCACGGAUGAGGUAAUUUAUUCGUUUUUGUAUUGCCUGUAUAUCUGAUCGUAUUAUUUUAUGUCAUCAUAAUUAAUGAACUGCAAGGAACGUGAAAUGUUAUACUAUAUUAUCCCGUUACAGCUUACAGCUAUUUGUUAAAUUAUUUGUUGGGUUAAUGUUGUGCAUUGUUACGUGUUUAUGGUUAAUGCCGUUGUUGUUUAACGUGCUCAAACCAAUCGUUCUAAAAGUAAAUUUUGAACGAACAUUUGCAAGUAAUGACUAAAUAUAUUUUUAACAACACAUAUCCGAUUGUAUUUAAUUGUACUGCCAUAAUCUCGGUCACCACACGUGAUAAAAAUCCUUACCUUAGUACAAAGAGCAAUAUAACUUUGUUUAUAAGUGCUAUUAUUGACAGUUGCAUGUGUUGCAGGGAAACACAGAUACAUCCUCACUGGAAUUAUCAAAUCCAGAUGAGACCUGGGCCAUCUUUACUGUAACUGUUACGUUAAUUGUACAAUAACAAAAUAAAUAAUUGAUUUGC